AAUGCGGCCGCCGUAGGGCUGGGGGUGGUAAGAUGGCGGCCCCUGCUUUUGCUGGUGCGGUAAGAGUAGCUUCAGGAAUCUUGCGGCCCCUGAAUAUUUUGGCGUCUUCAGCGUAUCGAAGCUGUGCCAAGAAUGCCUGUCUUAGUUCGGCACUGCCCACCCGACAGUUUUGUCGUAUUCAGACUUCAGUUGUUUCCUCUGCUCCCAGGCUUGUUACAUCUGUCAGUAACCUGACAUGUGGGCAUACAGCAGCAAUCCUCAAUAGAGUGGCCCCCUUGCUUCCAAAUAUCCUGAAGCUACCAGUCAGAACUGUUACAUACUUCAGUUCACGAAAAGGCAAGAGAAAGACUGUGAAAGCUGUCGUCUAUAGGUUUCUUCGACUUCAUUGUGGUCUUUGGGUAAGGAGAAAGGCUGGUUAUAAGAAAAAAUUAUGGAAGAAGACAGCUGCAAGAAAAAGGCGCCUGAGGGAAUUUGUGUUCUGCAAUAAAACCCAGAGUAAACUCUUAGAUAAAAUGACGACAUCUUUCUGGAAGAGGCGAAACUGGUAUGCUGAUGAUCCUUAUCAGAAGUAUCAUGAUCGGACAAACCUGAAAGUAUAGAUCACAAGUUAUGAUUUUCCCAGUUAUCUUGGUAUAUGUGUUGUCUUUGCAAAAAUGAAUAAGUAUAGAUGUAAGGAGAUUUGAUUUGGGAUGGUAAACAUACAAUAUACAGAUGAUGUAUUGUAGAAUUGUAUACCAAAUCUAUAUAAUUUUAUUAACCAAUGUCAUCCCAAUAAAUUCAAUUAAAAAAAUAGAACCUAAAAAAA